CGAACAAAAAAAAACUGGAUCCAACGGAUCUGAGAAACAUAACAGUAUAACACUAACGACCGUUAAAACUGAUUCAUAAGCCUGAGAGCUUCCGACCAAGAAGAUCCGUCACAAAAUGAUGCCAACUUCUCCGAGGCUGAAGCUCUUCCACGCGCGUCCAACGCGCCGACGACCGUCUACGAUCGUCCUCACCUCUCUCGCGAUCGGACUCUUCGGCUUCCUCUUCGGACUCUCCGCCAUCGUAUUCCCGGGUAUCCGGCUAUCCGCCCGGACCUGCCUCACCAAUUCUCCUCCAAAAACUGUACGCGUCGUCUGGAACGUCGCCGGAAGUAGCAACAACGGCAAUGGCGGCAUUAGCAUCAGCGGAGUGAAGAGGCACAAGGUGAUGGGAUUCGUCGGGAUCCAAACCGGAUUCGGUUCAGCUGGGAGGAGACGAGCGCUCAGGAACACGUGGAUGCCCUCCGAUCCACAAGCCCUUCGACGCUUGGAAGAGUCAACAGGAUUAGCCAUUAGGUUUAUUAUAGGCAAAACCAAAGACGAAUCGAAAAUGGCUGAGCUUAGAGAGGAGAUCGCAGAGUUCGAUGACUUCAUACUGCUUGAUAUCGAGGAGGAGUACAGUAAGCUCCCAUACAAAACUUUGGCUUUCUUCAAAGCUGCGUAUGCCUUGUAUGAUUCAGCCUUCUAUGUCAAAGCUGAUGAUGAUAUUUAUUUGAGGCCAGAUCGGUUGUCCUUGCUGUUGGCUAAAGAGCGGAGUCACUCUCAGACAUAUCUUGGUUGUCUGAAGAAAGGUCCUGUUUUCACAGAUCCAAAGCUUAAAUGGUAUGAACCUUUGGCAGAUUUGCUUGGUCAAGAGUAUUUUCUUCAUGCCUAUGGACCUAUAUACGCUCUUUCUGCAGAUGUUGUCACCAGUUUAGUUGCUUUAAAGAACAACAGUUUCAGGAUGUUUAGCAACGAGGACGUGACAAUAGGUGCGUGGAUGCUGGCGAUGAACGUCAACCACGAGAACCACAAGACCCUUUGUGAACCACAGUGCUCACCUUCCUCCAUUGCUGUUUGGGAUAUACCCAAAUGCUCAGGGCUUUGUAACCCAGAGAAAAGGAUGUUGGAACUUCACAAGACAGAGAGCUGCUCAAAGAGCCCGACUUUGCCAUCGGAAGAUGAGUAAUCUUACCUCUUAUUGAUCUCCUUUUAUGGUCAAAGAUCCGAGGCUACACGUCCACCAUUGCAGUUGCUUUGCACAGAUUGUACAAGACUUCAAUUUAUUACUACUCAAUGAGAAGAAAAGAGAGGAGAGUUGAUCAUUUCGCUUAAACGGCUUUUAUAAAAGCUAGGGUUAGUAGUUUUUGUGUAACCCCAACUUUUGGACGAUUCCUUGUUGUACAAGUAUAAUAUUGAAUUAUCUGUAACUUCCAUCUUUUGAGGGACCACAUUUCAGACU